GUCACACGUCUUAACAAACUUUUCUCUUGAUUUUGUAGUUAGGAAAUAAUGUGUAGGAAAGUAUAUUCUUAACACUCUUAUCAUUUUAUGUUUCACAUAGGAUGUGCUUAUUUAUCACUUUCGUUCUAAAACAAUAAUCAUUGUCGUCAUUUUAUGUUGCACACAUGGUGUCGUAUGUACAUUGUCUCAGGGAAAUAAGUUAUUUUCAAUCUAACUCUUACAGUGUAAAGAAAAGCAUUAGAGUCCUUUGGGCUUGGAUUCACAAUCUUUUGGGGCUACAGAAAUCACAAAUUUUAAUAGUUUCAUUUUACAAGAGUUAUAAGAUCAGAAUUGAUUUAAUUUUGAAAUAAUAACUUUCCCAAGCAGCAGCACUAUUAGGGGUUAGAGCAAUGGGAAUGAGUAGAGUGUAUAAAGUAUAAACCCUUUUUAGUUAUCUACACAAAAGGUUUUUUUCCAAUUGAUAAGGUAUAAAUUCAUAAUUUACAGAAAUAUAUUUAAUUUUCACUGUCGAUGUAAAAAUAUUAUUGAUAGAUAAUUUGUAAAUACAUCUGUAAAGUACUCAAGUGAAUCUUAGGUGAGCUUAGCACUUAGCAGCAUAAGGAAUGGAUCAUGUUUUCAUACAAACCAAAGCCGAAUUUGCUGCUGAGUCGAAGUGGCCUAAAACGUUACGUGGUCUCACUACCACACCCAUCUUCAGCUUCAGCAACCAUCAAUUCAUUCAAUGCCAUUAUCAACCACCAUUCAUCACAAGGUGCCCACCGUCAAGUUCUUGCCACCUAUGCCUCCAUGCUCAAAACCCAUGUCCCUUCUGACGCCUACACUUUCCCCAGUCUUCUCAAAGCGUGCUCUUCUCUCAACCUCUUUUCCCUCGGUCUUUCCCUCCAUCAACGCAUCCUCGUUAGUGGGUUGUCCCUUGAUGCCUACAUUGCCUCUUCUUUGAUCAAUUUCUAUGCCAAAUUUGGGUUCGCCGAUGUUGCUCGCAAAGUGUUUGACUUUAUGCCUGAGAGGAAUGUUGUACCUUGGACUUCCAUUAUUGGGUGCUACUCGCGGACUGGUCGUGUUCCCGAAGCCUUUUCUUUGUUUGAUGAAAUGCGUCGGCAGGGAAUUCAACCCAGUAGCGUUACCAUGUUGAGUUUGCUGUUUGGAGUUUCUGAGCUUGCUCACGUGCAGUGUUUGCAUGGUAGUGCAAUUUUGUAUGGUUUUAUGUCUGACAUAAACUUGUCAAAUUCCAUGCUGAGUAUGUAUGGGAAGUGUCGGAACAUUGAGUAUUCUAGGAAAUUGUUUGAUUACAUGGAUCAAAGGGAUCUGGUUUCAUGGAAUUCGUUGGUUUCAGCCUAUGCCCAGAUUGGGUAUAUAUGUGAAGUUUUGUUGCUUCUCAAGACAAUGAGGAUACAAGGUUUUGAGCCUGACCCACAGACUUUUGGGUCUGUCUUGUCAGUGGCUGCAUCAAGGGGUGAGUUGAAAUUGGGAAGGUGCUUGCAUGGGCAGAUUUUAAGAACAUGUUUUGACUUGGAUGCACAUGUUGAAACAUCAUUGAUCGUGAUGUACUUAAAAGGUGGGAACAUUGACAUUGCAUUUAGAAUGUUUGAAAGGAGUUUAGACAAGGAUGUCGUUUUGUGGACAGCAAUGAUCUCAGGGCUUGUGCAGAAUGGUUCUGCAGACAAAGCACUAGCUGUUUUCCGUCAGAUGUUAAAAUUUGGAGUGAAGUCAUCUACUGCUACCAUGGCCAGUGUGAUCACAGCUUGUGCACAACUUGGGUCUUAUAAUUUGGGGACUUCGGUUCAUGGUUAUAUGUUUAGGCAUGAAUUACCUAUGGAUAUUGCUACUCAGAACUCUCUUGUUACCAUGCAUGCAAAGUGUGGUCACUUGGAUCAGAGUUCCAUUGUAUUUGAUAAGAUGAACAAAAGGAAUUUGGUUUCAUGGAAUGCUAUGAUUACUGGAUAUGCUCAAAAUGGUUAUGUUUGUAAGGCCUUGUUCCUUUUUAAUGAAAUGAGGUCUGAUCAUCAAACACCUGAUUCAAUAACCAUUGUCUCCCUCCUCCAAGGGUGUGCAUCUACUGGACAACUACACUUGGGAAAAUGGAUCCACAGCUUUGUGAUAAGAAAUGGCCUUAGACCUUGCAUCUUGGUUGACACUUCUUUGGUAGACAUGUACUGCAAAUGUGGUGAUUUGGAUAUUGCCCAAAGGUGUUUCAACCAGAUGCCAAGUCAUGAUUUGGUCUCAUGGAGUGCCAUAAUUGUGGGAUAUGGUUAUCAUGGCAAAGGGGAGACUGCAUUGAGGUUUUAUUCAAAGUUCCUGGAAAGUGGGAUGAAACCGAACCAUGUGAUUUUCCUCUCAGUUCUAUCUUCUUGUAGUCAUAAUGGACUUGUAGAGCAGGGCUUGAACAUAUACGAAUCAAUGACCAGAGAUUUUGGGAUUGCACCAAAUCUUGAACACCAUGCUUGUGUAGUGGAUCUCCUCAGUCGUGCUGGGAGGGUAGAGGAGGCAUAUAACUUGUACAAGAAAAAGUUCUCAGAUCCUGUACUUGAUGUUUUAGGCAUAAUCCUUGAUGCUUGUCGAGCAAAUGGUAACAAUGAACUUGGUGAUACAAUUGCCAAUGAUAUCCUCAUGCUGAAGCCUAUGGAUGCUGGAAAUUUUGUACAACUAGCACACUGCUAUGCUUCAAUAAACAAGUGGGAAGAAGUGGGGGAGGCAUGGACCCAUAUGAGAUCUCUUGGUUUGAAAAAAAUUCCUGGCUGGAGCUUUAUUGACAUACAUGGGACCAUCACUACAUUUUUCACAGAUCAUAACUCACACCCCCAGUUUCAAGAAAUAGUUUGUACACUAAAAUUUUUGAGAAAGGAAAUGAUCAAAAUGGAGGAAUUAGACAUUAACCUUGAAAACAGCCACAUCAUAUCACAAUAAAAUAUGCUGACAUGCUAAAUAGGAGUGUUUCCAAGCAUGGCUGGCCCUCAUGAAGUGUCCUGAGUUGUCGCAAUGGUUUGGAUUUCCGCCAGAGAUUUUGACCCAUCACUUUAUUUUCUUUUGCUUGACAUGGGAUCAGAUUUUAUUCAAGUCUUAUAUACAUUGGGCAGAUGACUUGACAUAAAGAAAUACAUUCAUACAAGCAUGCAAGGGGGGUUUUAGUGACAUUUUUAACAUGGAAUAGUGGUUGAAAUAGGCGACGAUAAAUAUAUGCAGCCUUACACCUCAGAAAGAGGCAGUUUUUUUAUUUUUUAUUUUAUUGUUAUUGAACCUAUAGCCUCCAAAUUCCAAACCAAUAACCUUAUUGUUGUAUCAAGGUUCACUUUAGUA